GAGUGAAGUGGAGUGAAGAGCUCGGAACGACUGGCCCUGUUAUUGAUGGUGUGCGUGCUCUGUGUACAGAGAAAAUCGUGAAGCAGACAUAUUCCUGGGCUGGAUUUUUCAUUGCCUUUCAAGAUUGUUGCAUUUUUCGAAACUUCCAAAGGGAGCUAUCGAGGUUGAGAAUGUUUAACGAGAAGAUAACAUACGUAAUCGCGGAAAAAGUGUUUUCAUCUGAGUAAAAAUGUACAAAAGAUAAGCUUUUGACAAGCGUUUAGUGAGAUGUUUGAGGCCAGAAAAAAAGAAUGUCAAAAUCAGCUCUAGUGUAAUCCCUGUUGUGGGAUUACGGAAGGCCUUUCAAUGGUGUCAAUGUGUGCGAGAGUUGGUGUAAAUCAAUGCUGAAAAGAGUGCAUUUCUCGAAAUGAUUGGAAUGCCGCAAAUUUCAAUCGAAAGCUAGUUAUUCCUCGAAAACCAAUUACAAAGUUAUACGAUCCAAAUAACAUCGUACCUAAAUGGGAUUGUACAAAAAUCCUGCAAAUAAUUCGAAGGUGGUCAUUGCAUCGCCCUUUUGUUGGUGUAGAAUUUUGUGGUGAAUUUCGAUCGUGGCGUGUCCAUACACAAAACAGGAAAAUAUUUCUAUCGCUGUGUGAGUGAGACGAAACGAAAAGUUUGAUUUCGAUGGUGUUGAAUGAAUGCGAAAAGCCAAAGCAUUUCCCCCUCUUCUGACCAAACAAGAAAAGGCGAAUACGGCGAACAAAGAGGAAUGGUGUAAAAAUAUUACAAAUGGGUGUUCGAUGAUUGAAAUCCGAUGAAAUCAAGGAAAAAUUAAAGCGGUUUAGUGGAAAAAAAAGUGAAAGAGCGCAGCAGCAACUGAAUUGUGCAUUGUGAUUAAUCUCUCGAUGAUCGUGAAUGUGCCGCAGCAACAACACAAGAAAACCAUUUAAUUGGCCCGCGGUCUGAGGAGGUAAAUAAAACAGAAGGAGUUUAAUUAUUUUCGAGAGCAGAUUAAACAGUAGGAACAAUCUGCUGGAACCGAAUAGAAAACGAAAAUCGCAAAAAUACAGUGAUUGUGCAUUAACCUAUGUUAGUUUAAAGUGAAGAAGCAGAAAUCGAUUAGCUGGAAUAUCUUCAUUUACCACACUAGGUAGAAUUAACAAAUUUCUGUCGUUUAUAAAUAAGGUGCAUUCUGUAUGAGGAGCAGCUGGAUUUGCGUUGCAGAACCAGAAGGAGUUGACAGAAAGCAAGCAGAAUUAAAAAAAAAAAUGAAUCCCAUAACCAACAACAUUUCCGUCGCCGUCAUCACUCGUUAGGUUGACCGCUUAGAGUAAACACACAAAAACCAUCGCGACGCCGUCUAUCUAUCUGGCUAGGAGCAGCUCUUCUGUCCCGUUGAAAACCGACGGAAGCAAACGGAAGUGUUGUGAUAGGGAUGGCCGAAUGGUUCGGUUGUUCCUGCGACGGUGCCGGAAAUAAGUUGGGGAUGAUGCUUUCGAAGAGCACUAGUGCCGGAUGGAUGGAUUCCAUGAUGAUGAAGAUUAACAGCUGUUAGAUUGAUGAUACUAUUAUCUUUUGUGGUGUAGCGUGUCGAUAGGAGUAGUAGAUUCGGUCAGUGUUUUUUCGGUUUUGUUUUUGUUUUUGGAAACGUUAUCGUGAUUCGACAACGACAAAGCUAUUGCCGGAAGCUGUUACGGUUUUAGCUCUAGAGUGUGUGUUGUGUAGUGAACGACGGGGGGUUUCCGAAUGUAUCAGUUCAGUAGUGUUGUGGUGUGAAAAUGAAUUCCGUGUUUUCCGCGUUCAAAUCCUCAGGCAAGCACGAUGGCAAACAAAAGUCAUCCGGCGGCAAGAAGAUCGCCCAGGAUCCGCCGACCAGCUACGAGAAGCUGCGGCACAUCCGGGAGAUCAGCAGUAGCAAGAUGAACAGUCUGGUGGUUCUGGAUCACCAGCAGGUUGAGCCGAAUCUUUCCUGCGCCACCACUCCGGUUCAGAGUCCUUGCAGCGAUAAGAGCCUGGACCACCAGGACGUACCAAAUGGCGGGGUGGAUCAGGUCGAUAGGGCCAUCCCGAUCGUAACCGAUUAUCAAAGUGUGGAUCCAACGGAACCACCGGCAACGAGCAAGGCUGACACCACGAGUGAUAGUAUAGCAGAUAACCUAGUAGUGAGCAAACCUCCAUCGGGGGCGGCAGCUGUAGCUGCGGCCGCGGCAGCCGCAGCAGCUGCAGCAUCAAACGGCGACUCCAACGUAUUUGCCGUUCCGGCUGCCCCGACGUCAACCAUUCCGACCAACAACGGCAACAGUAGUCAUAGUAGCAGUAAUAGUAAUGGUAGCACCAGUAGCACCAACCAGUGGAACGUUGUCAGUGCCAGCAGCCGGUUCCACAAACCGAGGCUAAGCCUGAGCAACAGUCUCGGCCUUGGCGGUAGCAGCCGGAGCUGUAACGGUAUCGGCAGCAGUAAUGGUAGCAGUGUUGCCAUCAGUAGUAGCAGCGGAAGCAACGCGAUGCCUUCGGUUCAUGGGCGGGGUGCCGGUGCUGCUGGUGGGCCCGGUGGCACCAAUCCCGGCGGGACUGCACCCCAAAAGACUCGACUGUCAACGCACCAAAGAAAUCUUAGCUUAGAUUUUAGGUCAAUGGGAAUUCUUUUACCUCCAGUGUCACAAGUGACCAAUACUCGAAUCAACAUGACCCAACAUCACCGGAAUCGAAGUCUGGACAGUGCUCUUCAACGGAUACCUGAGGUGGAAGUAUCGUCGCCAAGUGCCGAAUCGGAGAACACGUUGUGUACCAAUUCAAUCCUCGGUACCACCAUGUGUACCAAAAUCAUUCAGUCCUCGUCCACGAACCCGACCAAUACGCCAGCCAUCACGGGUCCCCGGUCGUCGGCGGUGGUCAACGGAAGUUCCGCUGUUGUUGUAACGACGACGGAUGCAGCAGCAGGCAGUAGUAGUUGUAGAAGCAGCAGUAGUAGUAGCAGUAGUAACGCAAACAGUAGUAGUAAUAACCACAACUGUGCAGCAGGGCUGGACGCGAGCGGAGCUGGAUCUACGCUUGUACCUGUAUCACGGAAAGCGAAAUCGGAAAACGAAUCUCUCGUUGUUAAGGACAGCGAAAGUAAAAAGAGGGAAGACUUGACAAGCCUGGGGUCGGACGAUUCGGGUAUAAUUUGCGGCUCCGAACCGGAUCACACAUCGCUGUCGCGGAUUCGUCGCUCCCGGGAAAGCCUCGAUUCGGGAGAAAUCGACCCAUCGGAGGAGGAGUGCAUCGAGAUACUGGAGACGACCUCGAUGGACGAGGAGUACGGCAUGCUACAGUCCGAUCUGUGCUUCUACCCGGUGAGAACCUUGACCAGAAACGGUAGCGGAACUGGCGAUGGAUCAUCCCAACUGACUAAACACAACGGUUCCAGCACCGGUAGUAGUAGUAGUAAUAAUGACAACAGUGCCAACUACCCUUCCGGUGAGGAGGAUUUGGAGUCUUCCCCGUCAUGUCCUGCUAACCUUAGCGAUAAAAUUCGCUAUCGGGAUCAGAACAUGAACAAGGCUGCCAUCAUUCUGGAGAAGAUUUGCGUGCCCAUCGAAUUCGAGGACGGGGCUGGGACGACGACGGGUGGCAAUGAAGAAGCGGACGACGAGGAUGAACUGGAUGCAGUGACCCCAAUCGUGGGGGAGGACAGGACCAUCGUCGGAGAAGCGGAAGUUGCGACUCCGCUGGUUGAAUCACCUUCAGCUACUAAUGUGCCAACUACUACGAAUAGUACUACCAGUAAUCAAAAGAGUGAUCAAAAGAAUGAGAUCAUAUUUCGGAACUUUUUCGGUGCCACCAAGAAUGCCAUAUUUCGAACUGCUCAGAGUAUAAUCGAUAAUCACGAGAAAAAGAAUGCAAAGAACAAGGAAAAAGAUGAAGAAAAGGUAAAAUCACCGACGGAAAUCUCCAAAAAACGUGAUUUUAGCGUUUUGCGCUCAAGAAUGCGAGGAAAGGACCCAGCAAAUAGCAAUACUUCAAAUCCUAGUGGUGGCAACACCGUCCCCAAUAGUAGUACCACUAGCAAUACCCUCAGCGCGGAACCUCAAGACGCAGCAGCUGAACCGGAGGUGAAAAGUCUUUCUAAAUCGUCCUCAACUAGCUCCCUUAAAGUUCCGGGAGUAGCCGUUGCCGCCAGCCUGAACCCACGAGAAGUGAUCGAACCUCAAAUCAAAACCGAGCGGGGACAAAGUGGUCUGCUAAGAUUCUUUGAGUCGCCGGUUUUCAACAUCCAUUUUGCCGUCCACUAUCUGUUCUACUCCAAGGAACCAGGAGUCUUGAGCUUUAUAGGCAAUAAAAUUUUUAGUUUUCCUGAUAGUGAGGUGGAUCUGUACAUUCCUCAGCUGAUAAUUAUGUACAUGCAAAUCGAAGAACUGUCCGAAGUUCUUGACCCGUACCUGGUGUACCGAUGCAGAAGAUCGGUAGAUUUCUCUCUCAAGUGUGUAUGGCUGUUAGAAGCCUACAACUUCAACAUGGACAUGAGCAACAGUGUCAAUACGAUUCGAAAGCAUUUAACGUUGCUCAAAGAGCUGUAUCCGAAGCGUGAACGCCGACAACAUCUGAAACCGAUCGAGCCGGCUCCAGCAGUUGACACCGUUAAGAAAACUCAUCACCGAUCCCAAUCCGAUGCCACCGGUUUGAUGGGAUCGUUUUCCCUAAACCCCAAACUAUUUCCGGUAAUUCCGGUUCGACCACUCUGUCUCGGUGAUCUAAGCACCGGACGGGCAUUCGACAAUGGCUGUCUCUGCUUUGAAUCAGUCCGCGGCACGGUCAAUGAUUUGCUUGGCCAACAGACGGUCUGCUCAUGCGGUGCCCCGAAACUUACCCCGGAAAAAGAAUUCAUGAAAGCUCUUAUCGACAUCGGAAGAAUGCUUACCUCCUUGCAAACCAAGAUGGAAAAAACCUCCCAUCUGAGGAUACUACUCAACCUAAUCAACAAGAAUCUUCCCGCACGAGUCUGGCUUCCUUUGCACUCCGAAAUUCCCCACCACGUGGUUCGAAUAACCGAAGAAAAAAUGGCAGUCCUCAACUCCAAGGACAAAACCCCGUACAUCAUCUACGUCGAGGUAGUUGAAGUCAACGACAUCUACACGUCCCCUGUGAUUCCCAAAAUGAUGCCAACGCUACGGCACACCAAAAGCGAAGAACGGCUAGACACCAGCAGUCCUGCUGGAACGACAGCACCGAUUGCCACCAACAAUCACCACCCUCAUCCGCCUCUGUGCAAAUCACGAAGCUCCAAACUGUCGGAAUGCUCGACCAGCGGAGCGGUGGGCCCCGCUGAUCUACCGUCCCCAUCUGCCACCGGUGCGAGCAGCAGUGGCAUCAACAACCACCACAACUUCAGCACCAGCCCGUACGAUUAUCACAUCACCGAUGACGACGUGUGGUCCCAGGAAGACGACGACAUUACGGCGCAAUACCUCAACAUGCACAAGCGCCAAUCGGAACGGGACGCGAUUUCGCAGUUUUCGAUCGACUCGUACGAUUCCAGGGAACAAGGAACCCCAACGUUGUUCAACAUUGGUGAGGUUCGGAACCGACACUGUGCCAAUCUCUACUCGGAGAAUACCAAACCAUUCCGAAACGAUCCGGAGGAUCCGUCGGCAGCAGUUUUAAAGGAACCUUGGCACGAAAAGGUUAAACAGAUCCGUGACUCCUCUCCCUACGGGCACCUUCAAAGUUGGCGACUGCUUUCGGCGAUCGUCAAAUGUGGUGACGAUCUGCGGCAGGAACUGAUGGCGACACAACUUUUGGAGAUGUUCAAGUUGAUCUGGCAGGAAGAGAGCGUCGACCUGUGGGUGCGACCCUACAAGAUCGUCUGCCUGUCCAAUGAUUCCGGGUUGAUCGAGCCAAUCUUGGACACCGUGUCGCUGCAUCAGAUCAAGAAGAACUCGAACAAGAGCCUGGUGGAUUAUUUUGUGGAUGAGUACGGAGGUGAAAUGGAUUCCGAGUGCUUCCAGACGGCGCAGCGCAACUUCAUGCAGUCCUGUGCGGCGUACUGUUUGAUAUCGUACCUGUUGCAGGUUAAAGAUCGACACAACGGCAACAUUCUACUCCACUCGGAUGGGCACUUGAUCCACAUCGAUUUCGGGUUCAUUCUCAGCAUUUCUCCAAAGAAUUUAGGAUUCGAACAAUCGCCCUUCAAGCUAACUCCGGAGUUCGUGGACGUGAUGGGUGGUCCAUCUUCGGAACUGUGGCUCGAGUUUAAACAUUUACUACUGGAAGGUUUGAAGGCAGCUCGCAAACACAUGGACCGUAUCGUCAACAUCGUCGAAAUCAUGCGAAGCAGUUCCCAACUACCGUGCUUCAAGAACGGUUGCUCAGCUACGACCAGCAACCUGCGCAAGCGUUUCCACAUGAACCUCACCGAACAGGAGCUGGAACGCAAGGUCGAACAGCUGGUGCAGGAUUCGCUCAACUCGUUUUCGACCAAGCUGUACGACAGCUACCAGUACUUCACCAACGGCAUUUUGUGAGAGCGAUUCUUCAUGAAAAUUUAAGUGAAUCCACACCUUAUGUACCGUGUGUCCGAUUUGCGAUGGACAACUCAUGGAAAACAAUUGUCCAAAAAAUGUUUAAAAAGAAGAAAAACAAUUUAACAGAGAGAAGUUGAGAAAAAUAACAAAGUAAGUACAAACAGUUUCUAUCGGUGUUUCCAUUUUUCUCUCCCUUUGAUUGACAUCACCAUUUGGAAACUGAGAAACUUGAUCGGACUUCAACUUGGGACGAUCAAUGUUUGAUGAACGAACAUGAAGUGAAUACGAUCGAAACCGCGACACCUAGAGGUAGAUAUUAAGGCCCAGAAAGGCCUAUUUCUUGUAAAUUCCCUGUAAAUAUAACUUGAAACCUAGAUCGACAUAGUCUAGCUGUAUAAAAAAACCGAGAUUUUUCCGUGAAAAAUUUCAAGAGAAAAAGAAAGUUUUAUUCUGAAUCGUAACAAGUAGGUUUUGUACAUAGGCUACCGAGUACUGUUGUAAGUGAAACCGCAAAAGAAUGAAAACAAUGCAAACAAUUUAUUGAAUCCCCUCUUCUAUCCAUUUAGACAGUUGAGAUAAAAAAAAACAAACAUAUUUUCGGUGGUGUAUAAAUAAAAACGGAAAAGUAACAACUUCGCGCAUAUUUACAAAUAAAUAGUCAAAAGAAAAACUGAAAAUCAAGACAAAAAAAUUAUCUGUUAACUGAGAAAUCUAUAUAUUACUUAUACGUUUAUCCUACCAUGCUAUUUGGUUGAAAUGCAUUUGCUUCGAUAACUUUAAACUUAUCUACAUCUAAUAUCCUCUGAAAAUCCGUUUGUUCGGACGCGGAUUAUUUCCAAUAGCAAACGGAGUGUCAUAAUGCUUAAUCAAAAUCUUUUAAUUUGAAGUUCCAAAUUCAUUAGAAGAAUUCAAAAUCGAAAUUCGGAUCGAUGUUCCCAAAUUUAUGAAGUCUGUAAUUGGCUGGUGCCACUGGAAGAUAAUUUCCGUUCGGAAACAAUUCAGUUCUUACACUUCCACUGACAUAACCGGAGCGCGCUAAGCUCAGCCGAAAAUAAUCGUGAGAGACGAAAAAACUAUAAUCAAAAGCUACUUUCCAUAAGCAAAGCUCUAGAUUAAAAUUAACUUGCUUAUCCCUUAAAAUACGAGAUGGCGUGGUAUCAAAUCCUCGAUCGGAGAGCUUCUCUUUCAAGAUGUGUUAAGUUGAUUGUUGCCUGUAUGAAUAUGAAAACUAUUGAACUACACAGAUCAGCCAAGUUACUUUGCAAGUUUGCUAGAAUUUUCCGAUUUAUUUGUUUUCGCAAUCGACUGCAGAAAGUUCGUUGUUGCUCCGAUGUGUAAAUAACUUUUUCACUUCUUAGUUUCAACGGUUGGUUAUCAAUUUUGCGGAUUCAAUUCUAAACGAGGGAAGCUGCUGCGAGUGAUAAAAUCCUCCCGUUUUUUUUAAAUAUUCAACCAAAAAGGGCUGAGAAACUUAUAGUCAUACCAACGUUUUAUAGUUACAAAGAGUAAAAUCAAAGUCCAUAAGCUACAGAAAACUGUGAGAAGAAAGAACGCAAGUAAAAAUUCAUUCUUUACUACCGAAACGGAUAUACUCAAUCGAUUCAAGUGGAAUACUAAAAUAGUAAAAAUUUACCCUAACAAAAAAAAAAUACUCGUGAUUCCCGCGAAGGGUUUUGGAGAAUCACAAGGUCUAGAAAAAAAAACUGCAAGUUGCAAUAAAAUCAAACGUGCGAAUCAAUAGAUAUGAUGAGUUUAUGCUACUUUUAUCGCUAUCCUUCUCUCUCUCACAUACAACUUCCGUUUACAUAUUACUUAUAUCAUAAGCCAACUAAUCAAACAGAAGCAAAAAAAUUUAAGAAAACUAAAUCGGUCCCAUGUUUCCAUUGUUAAUUGAUGAUGGAAUUAGGAUAAUUUUUCGGAAACAUUCGUAAUAAAACGAAAGAUGGCAAACAAGAAAUUAAAAAAAAACACAUGGACGAAGAACAAGUCUUAAAAAAAUCUUAGAUAGCUUUUUCAUAUUAUUAUAUACAUUUACGAAAAGUAAACCAACAAAAAAAACCAUUACAUUAAAACCGAUUCAUGAACGAGUGUUAAAUUAACCAAGUUAGGCAGAUUGGUUUCGAUCGAUUUAAAUUAUGAUGCGUGACCUUCAGAGGGCACGCAAAAACACUUUUUUGGAUCUAUUCUUUAAAAAAAAAUUAAACGGUAUAGGAAAACGCAAUGAAGAAAAUCAGAAACUCUUAUAUAUUUAUUAUUAUUAGGGUGUAAUCGUCGACGGCAAAAUAAAAAGGCAAACGCGUGACACGCAGAAUCGUACCCGAAUCCACACACAUUUGAUGGAGACUUCUUGGAAAUCGAAUGUGUUUAAAACUUUAAAAAUUCAAGUAAGCUAAAGAUUCCAGUGUGGGGACUACAAUAUAUGCCAAACAAGAGAAGAAAAAAAAAACCAGAAAAACUAGAAAGAUACGAACUUUAACUUAAGGAAAUUAUAAAACUACUAUCACCAAUUGCAGUCGAGCGCGCGCGAGAGAGAGAAACAAUUGUGAAAGGAAUCAUGAUCAUUAUUAACAUUAUGUAAAACAAAAAAAAAAAUGAAGAAAAAUCAAAUCAAUAAAUCCAUAAUACGUA